AUGUGGGUUGCGGUAAUAUUGAGAACCUACAUAUCAACCGACCUACCUAUAUCUAUCUAUCUAUCUAUCUAUCUAUCUAUCUAUCUAUCUAUCUAUCUAUCUUUUUCCUCACCUGAUUUAUUUCUUCAUUUUUUCUUCAUAUUCUUCAUUCCUAUUCGAGACCUUUCUUUUUUUUUCUUUUACUUCUUUAACUUAUUUUUCAUUCUUCGAUUUUUUCAAAAAGCUGCCCUCGCCGCCGCCCUCUCUUACGUCACCGCUUUCUUCUCUAUUCGCUACCACAGCUACUGUUACUACCACCACCUUCAGAGCAAGCAAGCCAACAACAACAACAAAUGCAACAGCAGCAGCAGCAGCGGCGGCGGCAACCUUUUUCUAUCUUUCUUUCUUUCUUUCUUUCUUUCUUUCUUUCUUUCUUUCUUUCUUUCUUUCUUCCAUUCGCUGUCUUUCCCGACUCUAUUUUUUCUUUCAUGUUUCUCUAUAUCUCUUACUGUUGUUCUUAAUCUAUUUAUCUCUUAUUGUACCUUGUCCAUCUUAUUCGGACGACCUGGGGGCAAUGCAGACUCCGUGACGACAGCCUUGCAAUAUAUGGAAGGUACACUGACCGCCUCGCAGGUAGCCAAGUGUGAGAACCUUCCUUUGUUGGAUCAGUUCAAAGCGGAACUGGACAGACAAUCAUUCAACACUUUUAAUUCUGAAGGCUCAGGUCCUGUAUGGCUAGCUAACAUCUUAACUCGGCUUAGUUUAGUCAACGGCCCUUCGUCCACAUCUUCUUCCGCCGAAAGUAGUGGCAGGAGAGCAUUUCAUUCAGUUCUUUUACGGGCCUUGUUGUCCCAAAGCAGGGUUCUGGUCGGUGCAGCCAUUGUAUUGUCAGAGGGUGGAUCAGCUACCCCGAACAACACUCGACAUCUUUACGUGUACCCGAAGGAAGACCAUUAUAUUACUUCGGAUAACGUUUCGGAACAACGCCGGAAAGUUUAUUCUGAGAUGUUACAGCAAUAUUUGAACAGCAACAACCAGUCCACGCGUUCGAAUCGCAGUCCGGACGAAGGUUACACAAAAAUUUCGGAUACAUCGUCACCUCGUGACAGGAUUAAAUUUAAAUCUGUGAAUUUUAAAGCUGGAUCCUGGAGUAAUAUCUAUUUUGACUGCAAUCUAUCAAAUCAUGGCUCCUUUCUUACGCGGUCCCGUACUUGGAUUCGCGCGGUGCCUACAGUGAGUCACAUAAUCUAUCUAUCUAUCUAUCUAUCUAUCUAUCUAUCUAUCUAUCUAUCUAUCGUCUUAUACAAUCUCUUUAUCUACAGCCUGUUCAUCAUAUAUAUACAGUCUGUUCAAAUCUAUCUAUCUCUAUCUAUCUAUCUAUCUAUCUAUCUAUCUAUCUAUCUAUCGUCUUAUACAAUCUCUUUAUCUACAGCCUGUUCAUCAUAUAUAUACAGUCUGUUCAAAUCUAUCUAUCUAUCUAUCUAUCUAUCUAUCUAUCUAUCUAUCUAUCUAUCUAUCGUCUUAUACAAUCUCUUUAUCUACAGCCUGUUCAUCAUAUAUAUACAGUCUGUUCAAAUCUAUCUAUCUAUCUAUCUAUCUAUCUAUCUAUCUAUCUAUCUAUCGUCUUAUACAAUCUCUUUAUCUACAGCGUGUUCAUCAUAUAUAUACAGUCUGUUCAAAUCUAUCUAUCUAUCUAUCUAUCUAUCUAUCUAUCUAUCUAUCUAUCUAUCUAUCUAUCUAUAUUUGAUGAUUUCUUUCGUCGUAAAAACCGAUAUCUUUGAUAAAACGAAACACAGUCAAGAAAAUAACGUUAGUCGACAACUAAAAGUCCAGAUAUUUACUGAGCAUAAUUUACAUCCUGCAUAA